ACCAGGGUGGCUCUGGAUACAUCGGAGCCAAAAUAGGUGCGUCAGACUCCCUUCUCUUGGUAGAUAGUGGGGCAACAUUAUCAGUUAUACCAAAACAAUGUUGGCUUGAAAUAACUAAAGGGGGAACAGAACUGUCUGGACAUCAUGGUGAGGUGUCGGCAGCUAAUGGAGGGUUGAUGGGGAUUUUGGGAAAAUGGCAAACAGUCUGCCAGUUUGAUUCAUUGGCAUUAAUCACUGAGUUUUUGGUAGCUGAUGUGCCAUCCCAGGAUAUUCUUUUGGGUUUUGACUUUUUGAGUAAAUAUGGUGUCGUUGUGGAUUUUGGUAAAAAGGAGUGUCGAAUUAUGGGUAAAAUGCUUCCCCUGAUUGUUCCGGCAGAUAUUGAUACACCUCGGACCGUGAUUGUCUUGGAAGAUACUGUAAUUCCCCCACGUAGUGAGGCAAUCAUUGCUGGAAAGGUGGACAAUUCCUUCGUGGCCUGUUGUGAGGAGGUUACCAGCCAAGAGGGUGCAGAGAGCCCACGGAUGGCUGGUGUCCCACCUAAGGAGACCUGGCUGCAGACUUCAGAUUCUACGGUGGGUCGAGAGAGCGAGGUGGCAGUGCCAGGGGCCAGAUCUGAGGGGCCUCCAGUCACACCUACAAGUGAAGCAAGUGGUGUGCCAGGAAGCAGUGCUGCCUCAGUGGGAUCACAAGGGCAAAGGGAACGGCUGGCUCCAACCACACAGGACCAGGGUGGUCAAGGAUCUUCACACACGGGGCAUAUGAAACAAUCCAUGACUAGCCAAGUUCCAAUGACUGGGGAGGUCCAACAAGGUGCAAUGUUAUCCAAGGACUUGCGUCUAGGACGAGCAAGAAGGGCACCGGUGUGGUCCCGGGACUAUGAUAUGUUUUGAAUUUGACUCGAGGACGAGUCUGCUUUAUGGGUGGGGGGAGUGUAAUGAAGUGACGUG